AUUUGCAUCUGAUAGCUUCACGAAACCAGCUAUGAGAGGCCUAGGGAGAUGGAUGCGGAGGGAAGCCGCACUCUGACUGAGAGCAAGGUCAGGAGUGCGCUGCCCGACGCUCCCCGCCGCUGAGAAGUUCCUUGGACGCGAACAGACGUCAACUGCAACUCGGCCAAGCGCGGAUCCAGCGAGUGAGCGAGCACCACUGAAUCGCCCGCGCUCGCUGAGAGGAGAGGCUGUUCGUGACCCGCGGCCCCGGCUCGGCCCCGCGCGCCCCGCCAUGGCGGAGGUGGGGGGGAUCUUUGCCUCUUUGGACUGGGAUCUGCACGGCUUCUCUUCGUCGCUGGGGAAUGUGCCCUUAGCUGACUCUCCGGGUUUCCUGAACGAGCGCCUGGGCCAAAUCGAGGGGAAACUGCAGCGCGGCUCGCCCACAGACUUCGCUCACCUGAAGGGGAUCCUGCGGCGCCGUCAACUGUACUGCCGCACCGGCUUCCACCUGGAGAUCUUCCCCAACGGCACGGUGCACGGCACCCGCCACGACCACAGCCGCUUCGGAAUCCUGGAGUUUAUCAGCCUGGCUGUGGGGCUGAUCAGCAUCCGGGGAGUGGACUCUGGCCUGUACUUAGGAAUGAACGAGAGAGGAGAACUGUAUGGGUCGAAGAAACUCACACGUGAAUGUGUUUUCCGGGAACAGUUUGAAGAAAACUGGUACAACACCUAUGCCUCCACCUUGUACAAACACUCGGACUCUGAGAGACAAUAUUAUGUGGCUCUGAAUAAGGAUGGCUCACCCCGGGAGGGAUACAGGACUAAACGACACCAGAAAUUCACUCACUUUUUACCCAGGCCGGUAGAUCCUUCUAAGUUGCCCUCCAUGUCCAGAGACCUCUUCCGCUAUCAGUAGCGGACUCCUAGUGUGACCUCUGUGACCCCUUGUGCUCUGGGGCCACAAACACUAUACUCAUAGCUUUUCAAUCCUCUUGCCUAUCGAUUUAGAUAACAGAGAAGCACUUACUGUUCAACUCAACCCAGCUGUUUCCUUGUUGUUCAAAGUGUAUAUCAAGGUUGGGUUAUUUUGGGGAGGGAUGUGGGAGGGAGAGGGUUGCUGGAGGGAGUCAUGUAUAUACUUUUUUCUUUGCUCAUGUUCUUUCCCCUGAGGUAGCACAGGAAAAAAUGGGGGCCCUGCCAAGGUUCCAUGGGUGUCUUGCCCCACAAGCUACCCAAAUACCUUGACAAUGGGUAAAUGAAAGACCAAGGGAUCUGCCAUAUAGAUGCUACCUACAGAGCUUUGGAAAAGUCUCAUUAAGAGAAUCCUUGGAGCUACAGCCCUGCUGCAAGCUGGCCCUGCAUGGGCUCUGCAGAUUUCUCACCUGUCCUGACAUGCAGUUUUCCUGCCAUUGGAAGUGGGACAUGGGGUAGGUUGCAAGAAAAUGAUAUUAAAAUGUAAGGAUGGAUACUGUGCAUAAGGACAAACUAUUUAUGAAAUGUAUAUGCUAUUUAUUUUAUAUAUUUAUUUAUUUCAAAAUAAUUUUAUUUUUAAUGAGAGAAGCUAUGACUGGAUUUUCAUCAGAAAGAAUAAGGUCCUACUGAAACAGGAUAAAUGAGUUACUAAAGGCUUUU